AUGUCAAUCGACAGGGACGUCAGAGACGGAACUGACACAAGUAAAAUUACUAGUGAUAACGGAAGUUUCGCAUGCAAAAAGUCCGGAACUAACACUGAAGCAGAUGUGAAUAAUAAUACACACAAAGGUGAAAAACAUCAAGGAUUUCCAUUUAGACCUAGCCUUCUCAAAGAGGAUAACAAGAAUCUUUUAUCCUUAAAAUUUAUAAACAAACCCAGCCGAUCUAGCGAUUUAUUUGCUCAGGCUUCGGACCCUACGCGUGCUAAUAGCAUUUUGAACUCACAUAUAUCAAACGAAUCUGCCUCUGCAAGCGAAGGAGACACAGCAGAUACAUCUCCCAGCAAUGAGAACUAUGAAAAUCACGGAUUAGUACGGAAGAAAUCUGGCGAGUUUUUAAGACUGUCUUUAAAGGAUAGUCGUAAUUCGUAUUUUGAUGAGAAAAGAUCGCGUUCCUUACCAACUACCCCAACUUAUAAACAAGUCCAUUUUGGUGGGGACAAUGAUAUUCGGUAUUUCAAGAAGAAAGAUAGACCGACCGCCAUUUCUGCGUCGAAUUCUCCCACUUUGCGAGGUGUGGAGGGUAGUUUUAAGAGGCUUCAAGUAGGUAGUGAUGAUGAAGAUGAUGAAAAUGAUGAAAAUGACGAUGAUGAUGACUAUGAAGAUGAUUACGCAGAUUUGGACAGUGAUCACGAUUAUUUCACUCUUGAUUUGAGUUCGUCAGGGUCCACCACUUUCCCUGGUGCCAAUAAUGAUAAGUCGGUAUCUUGGGAUUUGCAACUUCCAAAUUUUCCACCAUUAUCUUAUGAUAAUCAAAUAAAAGUCCGUAAGUCACCAGUAUUUUUGGAACGUAUAUUCAUCAGUGUUGAUAAGAAGUUCUUACUAGGACAUAUCGCAGUUAAGAAUAUAGCAUUCGAAAAGUCGAUUACAGUUAGGUAUACUUUGGACAAUUGGUGCACAAUUGUUGAAAUUCCCACAAUCUACGUUCCUGAUAUUCCUCAAAUAUUAAAAUCCAAUAAUUAUGAUAGAUUUAUUUUUCGAAUUCCGUUGGAUUCCUUAUUUAAUAGCUUCAGGAUGCCGGGAAAUAAAGUUCAGAAUGGUAACAAAUCUCAAGAGCAGCAUUAUAGUCUUUGUAUAAAAUAUAAUGCCAGUUCUCUAGAGUUCUGGGACAAUAACGAUUCGAAAAAUUAUGAUUUAAUCCUACUUAAAAUAACGAAAACGACAAGAUCAAGUAUCUCCAAGAUCGGGGCGCAUAAUAACAAACCUAAAUACUCGUCGUCGUAUUUAAAGAGAAGAUCAUCAGAUUCACAACUAGAAAUGCAGCCAAAGAAAGCAGAGGAUAGCAUAGAAAGUAGUUCAUCUGAUUUUUCAAAUAGUAAUGAUUUUGUCAAUAAUGAUUUUUAUUUACUGUCACCAUUGUUAUCAAGCCUUAACAAUUCAAACUAUGAAAACGAUUUUCUACAUAAUUAUUCCACUGAUACAUUAACCUCAUAUAGAUCACCUUCAAAGAAUUUUUCUCACAGUCAAGAUGAAGUAUACGAUUUGAAUCGUAACGAAGAGGAUUUCAAGUCCAGAGAAGAUGACAACUCUUUCAGAAAUAAUAUGUUGGACACUAAAUCUUAUAGGGAAUUACUUGAUACAUAUUGCUUUUUUUCAACAAGCCCUGAAGAUGAUACCAAUUCUUCUGAUGUUUUACUGACUAAUUCUCCGCCAAAGAGUUCAUCAUCCACGAAUUCAAAUAGGAACGAAAAGUCCAAAGAGUCUAUGUAUAUUGCUGAAUCAGAUGGUGAUAUUUCAGUACCAAAAAAUGAUAUGUCUCAAAAAGGACUUAAUUCUAGUAAAGAAAAGUCCAACAGAAAUAACAAUUCUCUAACAGUAUCAUCAAUCUUAAGGGCAUAG